AUGCAUUUUAUUGCGUUCAGUUUAGAAAGGUUCCCAAGGGGAUACUACCACCCCGAGAUAUCGAAUCUCAUCAAAGCAUGCCUCGAAGCCAUUCCUAAUGCAUGGAAAGACCUUGCAUCAAUGGGCCCUCUAUGUGGAAAAAACAGCACUUCGGUUGGUAUUUUCGACCCCGUAAACUCACAUAUUUUUGAUCAUCCUUAUGGGAGUUCCGCCCAUUGUAUUUUUGGUUCCACGCUACAGCCAGGAUUCUGUAGUUUCCUUUAUCGGAAUUAUAUGGGUUUUCGUACUAUCCUUGGUGCUGAUUCUUGCAUUGCUGGGUGUAGGACACGCCGUGAAAGUGUGGUACGCUGGUACUUUUUUAGUUGCGACGACCAUAAGGCCGAGAUUCUUAGAAAGUUUUGUCACAAAAUGAACUUGAAUGGACUUCUAGUCAUGACUGCUGAAGGCACUAUGGAAGGAGAUGCCAUUUUUUAUCUGGCUGGCUGUAAGCAUCAAGUUGUGUUGAGGAAGGAGAAGGAAUUAGGGAAGUGGAGAGUUAUUGGUAGGGCAUUCGUACCAGUUCAGGACAUUGAACGGGUCAUUCAGCAGAAGAAUGGAAAGAAUUACUCCGGACCGGAAAGCUUAGGGUGA